AUGUCUCUUCGCAUCUCCCAAUCUCUCCGCCGCGCAGCCCUGCGCCCCAAUCCAUCAACCCUCCUCAGAUCCCCAAUCAUCGCCCACCGCUUUCAAAGCACCCAGCAGAACAAAGACCUCCCCAUCCUCUACUCCGCCCACGCCAAAGUCGUCGGCGCCCGCAAGGGUCAUGUCGAGGCAGAGUCUCUCAACGUCGACCUCACCAUGUCCAAAGCCCUCGGCGGCCCCGGCGACGCAGGCAAGACUAACCCGGAGGAGAUGUUCGCCGCUGGCUACGGCGCGUGCUUCCAGUCUGCCAUGAAUGCCGUGGCCGCCAAGGACGGCAUCACUAUGCCCACUGCGCCUGAGGACAGUAUUGUUGAGACGACGGUCCAUCUUGUUGGUGAUAUGAAGAAGCUUGAUAUGCAUCUUCGUGUGGAUAUGAAGAUUAUGGUCAGGGGAUUGGAGAAGGAGAAGAUAGAGUCUAUUGUUGAGAAGACGAAGAAGAUUUGUCCGUACAGUAGGGCCAUUGAAGGCAACGUCUGGACAGAGUGCACGGUUGUUAAGCUGGAUUAA